GAUGCCAUCUAGUCUACGCCUCAGCCAUUGUAUUUCGCCGUUGUCUCUAUUCAGUGGUGUGCUGUAACUCAGUAAUUUCGUCGAUUUUAAUAAACGCAGAUUGUAGACAUCCAGCUGAAUUUAUCAAAACCUAGUCUGCACACGGAUUGCAAGAAGAUAUUUAGAAAAAUAAUAAGAUUUUUUUGGGCUCACGCGAUAUUAAAAUUAGCAGCUAGCUACCUUUUUUGUUUAUUUCCCCAAAAAACCUUUGUUAUUAAACCAAUAGGCAUUUCUCCACGGAUCCGGUUUCUAUUUAGAUGGCAAGCUUCCCAGGUUCUGUAAAUGAAAAUGAAAUAGGUAAGGCUAAGUUCAUCGGUGAACUUUUAGUGCCUGUUGCUCCCUUUGACCAGAAGUCUGGGCGAGAGACCUGGACUGUAGCCUUUGCACCUGAUGGUUCUUACUUCGCUUGGUCUCAAGGGCAUCGCAUCGUGAGGCUCGUUCCCUGGUCAAAAUGCCUGAAGAAUUUUGGUGGGGAAGGCUCCAACAGAGCAGGCACUCGGCGUUUGUCGCGGCAGGACAGCGAGGGUGGAACAGUGGUGCCAGUGGGUGAGCCCAGGGAGCACACCAUCGACUGCGGUGACAUCGUGUGGGGCCUGGCCUUUGGCUCGUCAGUGCCAGAGAAGCAGAGUCGCUGCGUCAACAUCGAGUGGCACCGCUUCAAGUUCGGUCAGGACCAGCUGCUGCUUGCCACGGGCCUCAACAACGGACGCAUCAAGAUCUGGGACGUCUAUACUGGAAAGCUGUUGCUCAAUCUCAUGGACCAUACAGAUAUAGUGCGAGACCUGACUUUCGCCCCUGACGGCAGCCUCAUGCUGGUAUCGGCAUCCAGAGACAAAACCCUGAGGGUCUGGGACCUGAAAGAUGACGGUAACAUGGUGAAAGUGUUGCGGAGUCAUCAGAACUGGGUCUAUUGCAGCGCAUUCUCACCAGACUCCUCAGUCCUCUGCUCUGUUGGAGCCGGUAAAUCUGUGUUCCUUUGGGAUAUGGAUAAAUAUUCCCUGAUCCGGAAGCUGGAGGGUCACCAUAACGAUGUGGUGUCCUGUGAGUUCUCUCCCGACGGAGCCUUGCUCGCCACCGCCUCCUACGACACCCGUGUCAUCAUCUGGGACCCCCACAUGGGCACUGUGCUGCUUGAGCUAGCGCACCUCUUUCCCCCCCCCUCGCCCAUCUUUGCUGGAGGGGCCAACGAUCGCUGGGUACGCUCUGUAGCGUUCUGUCACGACGGGCGUCACAUUGCCAGCAUCACUGACGACCGAAUGGUGCGUUUCUGGACAAUUGAUGAGACGUCUCCCCAGGCCAUCGCCCCCCUCACUAACGGUCUCUGCUGUGCGUUCUCUACUGACGGGAGUUUCCUAGCAGCUGGGUCUCGAGACGGCAGCGUGCAUUUCUGGGCGUGCCCAAAGAGCAUUGCCAGCCUGCAGCACCUAUGUCGCAUGGCACUACGACGGGUCAUGUCCACCCAGCAGGUGCAGACGCUGCCUAUCCCGCCCCGCAUAAGCUCCUACCUGUCUUACCAAGAUCUCUAGCCCUCCACAUUCACCCUCACUGCCCAACACCGCAUGCUGGAAACCAAUUAAUAUUACCUUCCUAGAAAAAACACCCAGGAAAAAUACCAAAAAAAUUACCGAAGAGGAAAAACUUGACUGACAAACUGUUCUGUGACAAGACACAUUUUUGGGUAUUUAUUUUUGUAGGUUUACUUCCGUGUGUGCGUGCCAUGGCCCCCAUCAGGGAGCGUGGUUGAAUGGUUAAGUUAUUUCAGUGGCCUGUCUCUCAGCGUAAGAUGGCCUUACCAUAUGUCACCUCUGGAUAAUUCUACAUUAUUCCUCCAAUAGACUUUUUUGCUGCUGAUCAUUGGCCUGGUGGUGGUGGAAUCAAUAUUGAUGUGCUGUCUCUCAACCUUCUCCGACUUGGAAGCAGAGAAACCAUGCAACUCCACUGACUUUACUGUACGGACUACUAAGGUUGCAAAAUUCUGGGAACUUUCAAUAAAUUCCCUGGUUAUCCGAAAAUCCAGUUUGGAGGAAAUGUGGAAUCCGGAGGGAAUAAGGAGGAAAUCCGGAAUCCUCCAACCAGGAUUUUGCAAGUCUACUAACGACUGAGUGAGAGAUGGAGGGUUCGUCCCAACGCUUUCAGUGCUUCAGAGACGGGCAUGAAGGGUCGAGAAGUGUUUAUGGCCACAUGUACAAGUGUGUGUUUGUGUGGAAGCCAGGGGAGUCAAACUCAUUUUGCCACAUGGGUCUUCGCCGAGGUCUGCAGGGCUGCAAGUACAAUUGAUUAUAUUUCUUCUGUCAGAAUGUGUUUUUUUUUAAAAAUACCUCUUUCCAUCGCUUUUGGACUUUUCGAUUCUCCUUGACUGUCUAGCUUUCAUUUCGAUUGCCUUUUAGAAAGCUGGACUGAGUGAGGUUACACCGUUUUGAUUUGGUUUUGGUAAUUUCAAUAUCAAUUGAGAUUGUUUUCCAUUUAAAGCAAAAAACUAAAUCUAAAAGUUAAUUUGAAAAUGGUGUAAGUGAAUGACUGCUGACCUUCUGCUGCAACGGGCUGCUGGAUCCCUCCCUCAGUUUUCUGCUACCCUAGAUCUCCUCAGGUCUUAACCCUUACUCCCUCGCUUGCCCAGGUGCUCAACGUGCUUUCCUUUCCACACAUCCUGCCUCACUCACGCCCAGGAGGGCAAAGACUGCCUGUAGCCUACACUGUCUCAUCUCAGUCUCAAAACAAUAGCAACUCAUGGUCUGACCUGUUUCGUUCUCAUUUAUUACCUGGGGGGAAAAAAAUCUGUAUAGACGAUUGAUUGAUUGUGUGUGUGUGUGUACAGUGGCUUGUGAAAGUAUUCACCCCCUUGGCAUUUUCCCUAUUUUGUUGCCUUGCCCAAAAAUACAUUUUAAUUCAAGGUUGUAUUUAUCAUUUGAUUUACACAACAUGCCUACCACUUUGAAGAUGCUAAAUGUGUUUUAUUGUGAAACACACCAGCAAUAAGACAAACAGAACUCGAGCGUGCAUUAUGCCCCCAAAGUCAAUACUUUGUAGAGUCACCUUUUGCUGCAAUUACAGCUGCAAGUCUCUUGGGGUAUGUCUCUAUAAGCUUGGCACAUCUAACCACUGGGAUUGUUGCCCAUUUAAGGCUAAACUGCUCAAGCUCCUUCAAGUUGGAUGGGUUCCACUGGUGUACAGCAAUCUUUAAGUCAUACCACAGAUUCUCAAUUAGAUUGAGGUCUUGACAAGGCCAUCCCAAGACAUUUAAAUGUUUCCUCUUAAACCACUGAAGUGUCGCUUAAGCCGUAUGCUUAGGGUCAUUGUUCUCCUGGAAGGUGAACCUCCGUCCCAGUCUCAAAUCUCUGGAAGACUAAAACCGCUUUCCCUCAAGAAUUCCCCUGUAUUUAGCGCCAUCUGUCAUUCCUUCAAU